AUGAUCACUUGUACCGAUAGCGAUGAUGCCCCAUCUGAUGAAAUGUCUGGGCCGAUUGCUAUACAACCAUUUGAUAGAAAUCAAAUCACUGAGCAAACUUUGAAGCAUGAACUUUCUAGGCCUAUUUCUUCAGUGGGAUCAGUUAAACUACAUGAUGA